CACACACACUCGGUGCUAGCUUUCGUAUGAUGACCCUCGCCGACCUUUCGCCCAUCCUGAUCGUUGCGAUCCUCGCAGGGAUAGCUUUACUCUACAGGAUCGGUAUCAUAAUCUACCGGCUGUUCUUCCACCCCCUUGCCAAAUUUCCGGGACCCAAGUUGCUCGCUGCGUCGUCUUUUCCCCACGCGUACUACAACUGGACGCAGGGAACUUGGUACCGCCAAGUGCUCGACUUGCACAAAAGUUAUGGGCCGAUCGUGCGUGUAGCACCAGAUCGCCUUGCUGUAGAUGGCAGUGUCGCCUGGGAAGAUGUCUUCGGCCACAAGGGCAAUACUCGACCCGAGUUCCCUCGCCAGCCUGAUUUCUACCGGGCCGGAGUAGAGCGUGAAAAUCUCCUCACGGCGGAUAAGCCCGGACAUCGACGCCAACGGAGGCUCUUGUCUCACGCCUUUUCGGAGGCUGCCCUGUACGACCAGCAGCCUCUCAUUACGAGAUGGGUAGACCUUCUGAUCCAACGAUUCCAUGAGCAUGCGAUUGCCAAACGGGAGUUUGAUGCUGUCCAGUGGUACCAUUUCGCCGCUUUCGAUAUCAUUGGGGAUCUCACGUUCGGGGAGUCAUUUGGCUGUCUGCAAAACAGUGAUAUGCAUCCAUUUGUUUCCUUGAGUGUGGAUAACCUUCGGGCCGAUGCACUCAUGCGCUUCUUCCUCUUUUACAAGCGGGCGUUUAGUCCCCUGAUCUCACUCAUCUCAAAGUCGAAAAUUAUCCAACGGAGAUUCCAAUUUAUGCAGCAGGUGGAAGAGAAAACGCGAAAGAGAUUAGAUAUGGGCGUUCAGCCCGAUGGCCGCAAGGAUUUCAUGACUUACUUCCUGCGCCAUAACGAUGCUAAGGGUAUGACUUCCGAUGAGAUCGCUGGCAAUGCCAACGCUCUAAUACUUGCGGGCGGCGGCGCUAUCGCUACCACCUUGUCUGCACUCACCUACUAUUUGGCGCAGUCCCCCCAAGCAAGGGAGCGGUUAACAGAUGAAAUUCGAGGCACCUUCAAGACGGAAGCGGAUAUCUCGAUGAGGACAACUGCCACCCUGCCGUAUUUACAUGCCUGUCUCGAAGAGACUAUGCGUGUUUUCCCUCCCGCUGCAGAGACACCACCGAGGGUGUCUCCAGGUGACUUUAUAAACGGACAAUACAUUCCCCAAGGAGCCACUAUCGCCGUCUACCAGUGGGCCACAUACCACAAUGAAGCCAACUUUAGGGAGCCAGAUUCAUUCAUUCCCGAGCGCUGGCUACAAGAGGAUCAUCCAUUCCACGAUCCAUCCUUCCAGACUGAUAACAAGGCGUCUUUCAAGCCAUUCUCGCAUGGUCCGCGAAACUGCAUCGCAAAGGUUCUAUCCUACGCCGAGAUGCGGUUCAUCAUGGCUCGCAUUAUCUGGAACUUUGAUAUUGAGCUGCAGCCUGGGUGGGAGAGAUUCAUCGAUCGUGCAUUAGUGUUUACGGUCUUUAUAAAACAACCCCUGUUAGUGAAGUUGAAGCCCGCGAAGAGAGCUACCAACGCGUAG